CUCCCCCUCGUUGUAAACAACCUUAAGUGUUUUUCCUUCUCAGUUCGUUUUGUUCCACCGCUGCAAACCACGACACGUUCCCGGACCGGAGAGCUUUUUUGGAUAUGGGAAGGACUAUUCAACUUGCCCCCUAUGAAUUUAUAAAAAGUUGCUUUGCUGUUUCGAUUCGCCUAUUUGGAAGCCAUUUAUGCAGAUAAGAGAGAAUGGGUUGCUGUUCAGGACGAUGUAUGCUGAUCUUCCUCUGCACUCUCCAAGUGAUGACAGCAUUGGAGAGGCAGGCUUUUGACUUCCUUGGGUACCAGUGGGCUCCCAUCAUGGUCAACUUCCUGCAAAUAAUCAUGGUUAUCCUCGGCCUCUUUGGAACAAUCCAGUACAGGCCACGCUAUGUUGUUCUAUACCUGCUGUGGACAUUACUGUGGGUGGCCUGGAAUGUCUUUGUGUGCUGUUUCUAUUUGGACCUGGGAGGCCUUUCCAAGGAGAGCGACCUGCUAUCCCUGGGUGUAUCCUCACACCUUUCAUGGUGGAAAGACAACGGGCCAGGCUGUGACGGCAGGGACCUUCCUGCCACUAGGUGGCAGAGUAUGGAGAGCCCAGAACUCAUCUAUACUCUGGGAUGCUGGCUGGAAUACCAAUACAUAGAGGUCCUACAUUGUAUCAUACAACUCCUAAUCUCUCUCUUGGGAUUCGUCUAUGCCUGCUAUAUGGUCAGCACCUUCACUGAGGAGGAGGACAGCUUUAAUUUCGUUGGUGGUGUCCAUUACCCAUCUAAAACAUCGCCGCUGUAUUUAUAGUGUACAAUUGUGCUACUAUAAGUAAAGGCUUGCAAGUGGGUUGAAAAUGACUGACAAGCAAGGAGGGCAGAAGAGGAACGAGUGAGUGAAAACCUACUUUGGAAGAGUGAAAUCACAUCUCCAGUCACUGAAACAGAAGACAUUCCUACACUGCACAAAAACAUAAUUCCUCAGCCUCCCGGGCACUCUUAAUGCAUACUAGCCUACACCAACAGUUCAGUGCAGUUAUGGUCAAUACUAGCCUGGUCCCGGGUCAGUUUGUACUUUUGCCUACUCCAUUUUCAUUGUCAAGCUGUUUGGCAUGACAAUUCCAUAAGUAGUUGGCAAGAGAGGAGAAACAACAGAGUGGCACCCUGCGGGCUAUACAGUAGGUCAGUACAGGUACAAUCAGAAAACUACGGAUACUUCUGACAUAACAUGUAUCAGUGUACAGGGAAUGGUAUGUGUUGUAUUUUUGGUAUUUGGAAUUUUAUUAGGAUCCCCAUUAGCUGUUGCAAAAGCAGCAGCUACUCUUCCUGGGGUCCACACAAAACAUGAAACAUAAUGCAGAAUGACAUAAUACAGAACAUCAAUAGACAAGAAGAGCUCAA